UCUGCAGCACUGGCCAGGCAUUUUCGGCUUUCCCAACACUGCCCAGUUGUCUGUGCUCUUUUUGUUGUGGCUAUUAAUAGUUAUGUCUGGCGGAGAUCGGGAUCGAGAGCAGCUGCGUCUCUUUGUGGCCGCCAGCAGAAGGCGUCUGCAUGACCUCCUGAAACGCCUGCACUGGAGCGAGGAGGGGGUGCUCGGGGAACACCAGUCGCCAACCGAUGAGGGACUCGCAUCUGAGACUUUGGAGCAACUGCCCGCCUCCUGCUGCACCAAUUCCGCUUUUAGCCUCCAGCUAGAUAGCACGGAUAUCCAGCGCAUUGUGGGAAAGGGCAGUCCAGUCCAUCCCUCCUCCUUCGAUGAUCUGCAGGCAGGGCUCAAUGCCAGCCAAAGACUCCUGAUCUAUGAGCACGUCCUGCAGCACACCGCCAAGCACCCAGAGUUCCAGGACAAUGCCGCCUUUGCCGAGCUUGUGGGCGAAACUAGGAGGGAGCGGAAGAAGCAGCGUCGCCACCGCAAGAGCAAACCCACGCUCAACGAGGAGCUGCAGCAGUUGGUCGAUCUGCAGAUGCAGGCGCUGCAGAGACAAAGGCAACGCGAGCAGGAUCACAGGGAUAGGCAUCGGGAGCACAAGGAUCAUAGGGAGCGGCACAAGGAGCACCAUCAGAAGCAUAAGGAGAGCCAUCAGAAGCACAAGGAGCAUAGGGAAAGGCACCAGCAGCUUAGGGAGCAUCAUCAGGAGCACAUGGAGCGGCACAGGGAGCAACACCGCAGCCGGAAACGAAGCCGGAGCAGAAGUCGCAGCCCAGAUAGGCACCGCCAUGGACACAGACAUCGGGAGCAGCAAGAGCACCGCAGGCAGCACUACGGGAAACAUAAAUACCACACUUCUGACCAUUAGAGUAAUUCCUAGUCCAGCCGACUGUUUAUUUAGGUAUUCAGAUAAUGAACAAAGCAAAAAAAAAAAAUA